CGCCCCGCGGACUGAUAUCACUGACGUCACGGCGUGCUUCGCCUGGGCAGUGAUGUGAGCCGAAGACCGACUGUCUAGUGACAACAUGGAGAAACUCCGAGUUUUGCUGUCCGUCUGCGUCUUAUUUCUCGCCGUGAGCUGGUCUCCGUCCUCAGCUCUACGAUGCACGUGCGAUUUCUGUCGGAACAACACGUGCGAGACCGACGGCGUGUGCUUCACGAACGUGCAGCGAGCCGCCGGAGGCGUUGCCCGGACGACCAGGCAGUGCUUGAAUGCCGACCAACUCAUUCCGCGGGACAACCCCUUCAAGUGUCAGAACGUGGAAAAUAACGCUGACCUGGUGGUGGCGUGUUGCAAGUCGCACGACCUCUGCAACGACGACCUCCAGCCGACCCUUCCCCCGGCACCUUUCACUGUCGACCACGAACCCCCUGGCGGCUCGGCGGGCCUGGGUACGGUGGAGCUCGCCGCCAUUAUCGCGGGACCGAUCUGCUUCGCGUGCAUCGUGUUCAUGAUUGUGCUGUGCCUGUGUCAGAAGCGCGGGGCACGCCUGCCGCUGAGUGACCCCUCUGAGGAGAGUAUGGACAGCGAUAACCCACUCAUGCCGCCUGGACACUCCCUCAAGGAACUCCUGGACGAUAUGACCACCUCAGGGUCUGGGUCAGGUAUGAUGAGAGACUGGACCACCUCAGGAUCUGGCUCAGGGCUGCCCCUGCUUGUCCAGCGGACCAUUGCCCGCCAGAUCACGCUGAUGGAGAGCAUCGGGAAGGGCAGGUUCGGCGAGGUGUGGCGCGGGCGCUGGCGGGGCGAGAACGUGGCCGUGAAGAUCUUCUCCUCGCGGGAGGAACGCUCCUGGUUCCGGGAGGCGGAGAUCUACCAGACAGUCAUGCUGAGACACGAGAACAUCCUGGGCUUCAUCGCAGCCGACAACAAAGAUAACGGCACAUGGACCCAGCUGUGGCUGGUGUCAGAUUACCACGAGUUUGGGUCGCUGUUCGACUUCCUGAACCAGCGCGCCGUGUCGGCUCACGGCAUGAUCAAACUGGCGCUGUCCACCGCCAACGGCCUGGCACACCUGCAUAUGGAGAUCCUGGGCACGCAAGGUAAGCCAGCCAUCGCCCAUCGAGACCUGAAGAGUAAGAACAUCCUGGUGAAGAAGAACGGACAGUGCGCCAUCGCUGACCUCGGCUUGGCGGUGAAACACGACCCCAUCACAGACUCCGUGGACAUCGCCCCCAACAACCGGGUUGGCACCAAGAGGUACAUGGCACCCGAGGUUCUGGAUGACACCAUCAACAUCACACACUUCGACUCCUUCAAGCGUGCUGACGUGUACGCACUCGGCCUGGUGUUCUGGGAGAUCGCCAGAAGAUGUAACGUGGGGGGUAUCUAUGAGGACUACCAGCUGCCAUAUUUUGACAUGGUGCCCUCUGACCCCUCCAUUGAGGAGAUGCGGAAGGUGGUCUGUGACCUGCGACAGAGACCCAGCAUCCCCAACAGGUGGCAUGAGAAUGAGUACCUGAGAGUGACCUCCAAAGUGAUGAAGGAGUGCUGGUAUCACAAUGGCGCCGCCCGGCUGACCGCCCUCCGCAUCAAGAAGACUUUGGCUCAGCUGGCUCCCUACGAUGACAUCAACAAGAUGGUAUAACUGCGGAAUUCUGCAGAAAGUAGGGGGCUGCAGCAUUAGUGGAGAAACAUGGGGCUGCAAGGAGUUGCAGCAUUCCUAUAGAAGCUAUUCAAGCUACAGCUUCCUGCAGAAACUACAGGAAGUGCUGGUAUCACAAUUAGUGCAGAGAUUAUGUGGGCUGUGGCAUUCCUGUAAAAAGCAUGGGAAGUUGUAGCGCUAGUGUAUAAAUUAUGAUAAGAAGUUGCUGCAUCAGUGCAGAAACUAUGGGAAGUUCCAGCAUUCGUACAGAAAAUUAGGGGGGUAGUAGAUCAAAUUUGUUUGAAGGUAUUAAUUCAAGUAGGACGCAGGAUACAUGAUUCUAUUGUGAAGGGUAUUGAAAUUUAAAAGUAGAGACAAAAUUUGAUGCAGAUUUUCUAGCCAUGACAGUACAGUUGUGCCAAUACAGGCAUAGGUAUCAGAACAAGAAUCAGGACUUGCUGUGCUGUGAAAAACUCUGAAGCACAAAUGUGUUAUCAGAGGCGCAGAUUGCAUUUUACUUACCAGUCUGUACAGUGUAAGGAAAGUGUGGAGUCAAUCAGCAGCUUUGCAUGUCAGGACCUUGUGAUCAGUACCAAGGAUAACCAUCGUCAGGGGUUACUGUUGCCAUGGGUAAACAUCACCAUGGUAACCAUCUCCAGGGUAACCAUCACCUGGUAACAAUCUCCGGGGGUAACCAUCACUGUGAUAACAAUCUCCAGGGGUAACCAUCUCCUUGGUAACCACCUUGGUAACAAUCUCCAGGGGUAACCAUCACCAGGGUAACAAUCUCCAGAGGAAACAAUCUCCAGGGUGACCACCUUGGUAUCAAUCUCUGGGGGUAACCAUCACAUUGGUAACAAUCUCCAGGGGUAACCAUCACCUUGGUAACAAUCUCUCGGGGUAACCAUCACCUUGGUUACCGUCUACAUUUCCUGAAGAAGGGUAAUCUGUAUUUGUACUUCAAACAUAAUGCUCUAAUUAUAAUUGCCUCCAAGAUUUGAGUCUAAACAGUGAAAAGCAGAGAAAAUUUAGCAGCAAUUGUUGUGACUUCCAGAGAUCUUGUUGGGUGUAGCUCACUCAUUUAGCUGUUUAUUACACCUUGCCCUUCCAGUGGGUGCCAAGGGUAGGGGAGAAUCAUGGCAAAGCUAGCAACCUUAGAAAGGCCAAAAGGAGUGUACAUAAUGUAUAUUUAUAUAUAUCUGA